AAACUUUUAAAAGCUCUGUGCUCCAAGUUAGAAAAAAGCUUUUACGAGGUAUCAGCACUUUUCUUUCAUUAGGGGGUAGGAGUAAAGAAAGUACCAAACAGCAGCAGACUUUUAAACUUUAAAUAGACAGGUCUGAGUGCCUGAACUUGCUUCUUCAUUUUACUUCGUCUUCUAAGGAGUUCAAUCACUUGGCGCGCCUACUACACUUCUUUUAAGAGAAAGAGCUUCACCCAGGCAACAUGGGUGACUGGAGUGCCUUAGGCAAACUCCUUGACAAGGUUCAAGCCUACUCCACCGCAGGAGGGAAGGUGUGGCUCUCGGUUCUUUUCAUUUUCCGAAUCUUGCUCCUGGGGACAGCUGUUGAGUCAGCCUGGGGUGACGAGCAGUCUGCCUUUCGUUGUAACACUCAACAACCUGGCUGUGAAAAUGUCUGCUACGACAAGUCCUUCCCGAUCUCUCAUGUGCGCUUCUGGGUCCUGCAGAUCAUAUUUGUGUCUGUCCCCACACUCUUGUACCUGGCUCAUGUGUUCUAUGUGAUGCGAAAGGAAGAGAAACUGAACAAGAAAGAGGAGGAACUCAAAGUUGCCCAAACUGAUGGUGUCAAUGUAGAGAUGCACUUGAAGCAGAUUGAAAUAAAGAAGUUCAAAUAUGGAAUUGAAGAGCAUGGCAAGGUGAAAAUGCGCGGUGGCUUGCUGCGAACCUACAUCAUCAGUAUCCUCUUCAAGUCAGUCUUCGAGGUGGCCUUCCUGCUGAUCCAGUGGUACAUCUAUGGAUUCAGCUUAAGUGCUGUUUACACUUGCAAAAGAGACCCCUGCCCACACCAGGUAGACUGCUUCCUCUCUCGCCCCACAGAAAAAACCAUAUUCAUCAUCUUCAUGCUGGUAGUGUCCUUGGUGUCUCUUGCCUUGAAUAUCAUUGAACUUUUCUACGUCUUCUUCAAGGGUGUUAAGGAUCGAGUGAAGGGAAAGAGUGAUAUUUACCAUGCUACCACUGGCCCACUGAGCCCCUCCAAAGACCUUGGAUCUCCAAAAUAUGCUUAUUUCAACGGCUGCUCCUCACCCACUGCUCCCCUAUCGCCCAUGUCUCCUCCUGGGUACAAACUGGUCACUGGAGACAGAAACAAUUCUUCUAUCCGCAAUUACAACAAGCAAGCAAGUGAGCAAAACUGGGCUAAUUAUAGUGCAGAGCAAAAUCGAAUGGGGCAGGCAGGAAGCACCAUCUCUAACUCCCACGCACAGCCUUUUGAUUUUCCUGAUGAUAACCAGAAUUCUAAAAAGCUAGCAGCUGGGCAUGAACUGCAACCACUGGCCAUCGUGGACCAGCGGCCUUCCAGCAGAGCCAGCAGUCGAGCCAGCAGCCGCCCUCGACCUGAUGACCUAGAGAUCUAGAUCCGGGCUCGAGAGCAUCGAGAUUCCACUCAAUUGUGGAGAAGAAAAAGGGUGCUGUAGAAAGUGCACCUUUAGGUGUUCAUUUUGUUCCAGUGGAGGUGGUACUCACAGCCUUCAUCAUAAGGCUUAGAAAACACAAAGACAUUAGAAUACCUGGGUUCUUUGGGGGUGUUUGGCAUAGGUGGGUGGAGGGGGGCAGGGAGAAGGGAGGUACAUUUUGAUAUUUAACGUAGGUCAUUCAAAGAAUUUAAGUUCUAAAUAAGUUACAUUAGGUGAUACAUAGGUAAGGGCUUUCACUCUCCCACACUCCCCUAAGAAUAGUUCUGUGUUUGUGAAAGAGUGGGUGAGACUUGUGGCUAAAUCCUUCUUGUUUUACCAAGAAACUGAAAUAACUUAGGCCAGGAAAUAAUACUUCCUGAACAUCCUAUUUCUUUUCAUCAAGAAAAAGAUGGAGAAUUGUCCUUACAUCCCUGCUACAACAUUCCAUUGUUAGAAUUUGCACUUUGAAGGUAAGCUCUCUAGCCCUGACCCUCCAGGUAUCAAUGGACUUGUGCUACUAUUUGUUUUUAUUCUUGGUAUCAGCUAAAAGUUCAGACAAGGCCCACAGAAAAAGACUUUCCAUGCAUUUGCAAAUCUCAGCCAGUUGUAUGUACAUUUUUUUAACAUCCACUUGCAUCAUAUUAUUACCAUCACUUUUUCAUCAUUCCUCAACUACUAUUUACAUUCAUUUAAUGGUUCCUAUAAAUAUUUUUUAAAUGGUUGGGAUGUCACUUAAUAUUUUUGAGUUAGAGUCAGGGAAGCAAGCCAUGCUCAAUAUUUAACAAUCACUUAUAUGUGUAUGUGUGUGGAAGAGUGUUUUAUUCGUCAUAUUGGUACAAGUAGAUGCAGCAUAAACUCACAAACACAGAUUUGAAAAUAAUGCACACUUUGUGUUCAAAUUUGAACCUUUCUCAUGGAUUUUGUGGUGUGGGCCAAUAAACGGUGUUUACAUUAUGUAAUUCCUGCUGUGCAAGUAAAGCACAUUUUUUUUUUCUUAAAAUGUACCCUGCCCCCCAUGUAUCCUAUUAUGGAUACAGGUUUUAUUAUGAUUUUUUUUCUUUUUUUUUUUUUUUAGAAUAUAGCAGCAAGGCUAUUGCUGAAAUGAAUGAUUUUCUUUUUUUCCUGAAAUGUAAUCAUUGAUGCUUGAAUGAUAGAAUUUUAGUACUGUAAACAGGCUUUAGUAAUUAAUGUGAGACAUAGAAGAAAAGCUUAGAGUGGACUAUUACAUGUGCCUAAAUGAAUUUUGCAGUAAUUGGUAUUCUUGGUUUUGUCCUACUUAAUACACAUUAAUUCAGAAUUUGUAUUCUCUUAUGAGUUUGACAGUCUUGGAGUGACCAGCAACUUUGAUGUUUGCACUAAGAUUUUAUUUGGAAUGCAAGAGAGGUUAAAGAGGUUUCAGUAGUACACAUGUAACUAAUUUAUUUGAAAUAUAUGCUAAAGAAAUCUACCAGUUUCUUCAAAUGCCUUUUUAAAACUCAUCACAGAUGAUUAGUAAAAAUGCAGAGUGUCAUAUUUUCCUUCUUGCAUGUCAGCUACAUAAACGGUUUUGUACAAUGAGAAAUAUUAAUUUGCUUGACAUUCCAUGUUAAACUACUGUCAUGUUCAGCUUCAUUGCAUGUAAUGUAGACCUAGUCCAUCAGAUCAUGCAUUUUGGAGAGUGUACUUUAUUCAAUAAAGUUUUAAUUUAGUAUAAAGAUAGCCUCUCUAUUCUGUGUGAUUUUUAAAACUUA